AUGCCUCCUAGUCGCUCGGUUAUAAUCACUGGUGGGACAGCUGGUCUUGGACUUUUUGCGGCUCGCGAGAUCGCUAAAGCACAUCCUGAAUACCUUGUGGUUCUGGCGUCAAGGAACGAUGGCGACGGCGCUGCAGACAAGAUCAACGCCGGCCUUCAGCAAGAAAACACGGUCUAUGUGCCCCUUGAUCUAUCCGAUAAUGCAAGCGUUCGCAAAUUUGCGGAGAAAUGGGCGUCGAAGAAUCACCCACCGAUUCAAGCUCUCCUAUUGAACGCUGGUCUUCAGUUUCCAGGCGCUCUGCAGAAAAACUUCGAGGGCCUCGAAAAGACCUUCGUCAUUAGCCACAUUGGACACGCCCUCCUAUUUCACCUUCUCUGCCCUUACUUUGCACCAAAUAUUCGCGUGGUCGUCACCUCCAGUGGAACACAUGAUCCCGCCAAGAAGACAGGCCUCCCUGAUGCAGUUUACCACUCCGCUGAGGAACUAGCCCAUCCUCCUACUUCUGCCGUGAAAAUCCCAGGUAGACAGCGUUACUCAACCACAAAGCUUGCCAACGUCUUGUGGACGUACGCGUUGAACAGUCGACUUGUGCGGCGUGUGCCAGAACGAGGCAUCACGAUCAACGCCUUUGAUCCGGGCCUGAUGCCUGGAACAGGCCUCGCUCGUGUGGCAGUCUGGUACCAGAGGAUUCUGUGGUUCUACGUUCUUCCGUACAUCAUGCCGCUGCUCAAAUUACUGAUACCAAAUGUCCAUACGGCGGAGGAAUCGGGUCAUUCUCUUGCUCGUUUGGCUGUGGGGAAAGAAGUCGAGGGUGUGAGUGGAAGGUACUUCGAAGGCUCGAGAGAAAUCAAAUCUAGUAAUGAUAGCUACGAUGAGAGCAAGCAGGAAGAUCUGUGGACAUGGACUAUUGACUAUCUGUCAAAUGGGAGUGAUUCUGAUAAAGCACGUUUUGAGUCGUUCGCUUAG